AUGGCUCAUAAGAAGUAAUAAGGUUAAGCAAAACCAGGAGUAAAAUUUUAGGAUCAACCAGCAAGUAUCUAGUAAGUGGAAAACAAACCAUAAGUAAUUUACAAGAAUGUAACAGAAUAAGAUCAAGCAUUAAAGUAAUUUAAUCAAGCAACAGUUUUGAUUAAAUUCAGGUAUAAAAAUUAUUUAAAACAUAUACUGCAUCAGAUCCUUAAUAUUUAAGGAAAGACACAGCCUAAUCUUUAAAAUCCUUACUUACAUUAUUAAGAGAUUGUAUGUAAGUGUUGAAUAUAGGGACUUUUGAGGAUAAGAAUUCAAAUUAUUAUCUAAUAUAUAAUUGAACAAUUUAUAUUUUUGACAUUUGUAGAGUCUUGAGAAAAGUAAAUAAGUUCAUUGCAGUCAAAAGCUUGUGCCUAUAGAAUAAUAGAUUUGGGAUUACAAAAGGUAUAAGAAUUGAGAGAAUUGGAAGAAAUGGAUCCAACAUUGUAGGAUUAUAUGGAUAAAAUUUUAAAGUAGAAUACAAGAUUGCUAAGAAUAUUAGAGUUAAAAUUUAAAGUGCAAGCAGGAGUAUUGACUAUAGAUUAAUGGAAAAAGAAGAUUGAAGAAUUUAGUUAGGAUAAGUAAGCUAGAUGUUUGGUAAUAAUUGAAUCCUUACGAUUCUCACCUCCAAAUUUAUCAAACACAGUCAAAUAAACACAUGUUGGAAAUUAAUUGAAGGAAUAAUUAGUGUAAGUUAGUUUUGACAUUAUGAAAAAUGAUAUGGAAAGAAUUUCUAUAGCAUUAGAAUACAUAAUUAACAGAAAAAGUAGUUAACUAGAGAAUUUGGUUUGAAAUAUGGAUUGUAGAAUGAAAAUAUCUUCAAUUAUGCAGUUGCUGUUUUAGUAUAUAAUAUUCAUUCUGGAGAUAUAAUUGAGAAUUGGGAAAUUAAUGAAUUGAGGUGUAAAUUCUUAAUAAAAGUUGAAUCUAUAUUGAGUAAUACUUUAGAUAAAUUGAAUUAGGAAGAAUAAAUAGAAUAAAGAAUAUUGACUAAGCCAAAGGAAGAAAUUUUAGCUGAUCCAAAAAUGGAAGAUUAUUAUCAUUUGUAAGGGAUAUCUAAAUAAGUAGGAGUAAUCAAUAAUUAGGAAGCAUUAACAUAUUUAUAAAAAAGAGAAGAGAGAAUGUAUAUGAUGGCAAGAUCGAGGAAUUUGAUGGCUAAAGUCAAUGUCAGUAUGGGUUAGAUUACAAGAGCAUUGCAUAUAUUUAAAUAUGCAAUUGAAAAGUUGUAAUCUUACACACUUGAAUUAUCAACUAAUGAGAAUGGUGAGGAAGUUGAAAAUUUACCAUGGGAUCAAUUGAAACCCUAAGGUGUAGUCGAAGAUAAGAAAGGAGCUAAAAAAGCACCUGAGAAGAAAGGAAAGGAAGGUAAAGAAUCAAAGGAUAAACCUAUUGCCGAUGAAGUACCAGCUGUUAAAACAGAUGCAUAGAUAAAAUUAGAAGAAACUAUCUUACAAAUUGUUGAAGCCAGAAAAACAAGGCAUUCAUUAAAUGUCUAUUAUUGGAUUAAAUUAAAACUGAAUUGACUUUAUUAUUAUAUAGACAUAAUCGACAUGAUGAAGCCUUAGAGUAUAUGGAAACCUUGUUGAAUGAUUGUAAAUAGUUAAAUGAUAAUUAUCAUUAAAGAUUAAUCAUUGAAUAUUAAGCAAGAAUACAAUUUAAGAAAGGAAAAUAAGUUGAAUCCAUAAAGAAAUUUAAAGAAGCUAUAGAAAUUGGUUAAAAGAGUUUCAAUUAAGAUCCUUAAAUGAUUGUUCUAUAUGGUGAUCUUGGGAAAAUAUAUUAUGAAAAAAAUGAAUUAUAAGAGGCCCAAUAACAAUUUUAUGAUGCUUACCAAAUGGCUGAAUAAUUAAUGGAGAUGAUCAAUUAUGGUUAUGGAGUAAUACCUAAUUGGAAUUAAAAAUGUGUAUAAGAAAAGAUUUAGAUUUGCUAGGAUUUGUGUGUUCCAUUGGAAAUAGAAUAAGAAAUAUUAAAAAAGACUGAUAAAUAAAUAAAAACUACUAAGAAAGAUUAAAAGAAAAAAGAUGAUGGAAAAGUAGUAAGAAAGGGAGCUGAUAAGUAAACAAAAAAAUAUAAUAUUGAUAAACCAUAAAUGCCAAUUAAGGGAUUAAACUAAUAAUCUAAUUUUAAUUUUAUUUAAUCUACUAAACUUACAUACACAACUGUGGAUAUUGAUACAAUUAAUAAUACAUAAUAUUAAUACAAUUGUUAUUUAAAGAAUAUUGAAUUAUGGUAGAGAGCAUCAUUAAGAUAUGUAGAUAUUAUGAUAACAUUAAACUAAGCUAACGAAAAUUCAAAUAUAUCUAUAGAUUCAUAAGAAUCAUCAGUAGUUUCAGAUUCAGAAAGUGAUAAAUCCUCAAUUAAAGAUAUUUUUGAUAUUAAUGUAAUAAAUGAAAUUGUUAAUAAAAUUCAUACUUCAAUUAGUAAGAGUAUUAAUGUUCCAAUUAGUUUCAGAUUAGAAUUGUAUUAUUUAUAAAGCAAGAUUUAUAAGAUGAGAUUUGUUCAAUUAUUAUUAAACUUACAAUAAAAGUAUUUUAUGAAAUAUUUGUCUGGUAAAAAUAAGAAAUAUUUUGAUUUCUAUGAAAAAAGGCCUCAUAGAGAUUUAGUAAGGAAUAAAUACUUUUUACUUAUUCCUCCUUUCUAUUAAUUACUCAAAGAAUAAGGUUUAUAAUAUCUAAUGCAAGCAAAAGAGAGUUUAUUAAAAGCAAUUAGUGUAAUAAGAGGAGAAGCUGUUUUAUUUGAAUAUAAUAGAAAACGAGAAGACAUUCUAGUAGCUAUGGCUGAGAUUUGUUUAUUCAUUAGAGAAUAUAGAGUCAGAUAAGGAUAUAGAUAUGUGAAAGUUGAUUAUUUAUAAUCCUUAAUUAAUACUAAGAGUAAUAAUAAUUAUCAAUAUAUUUUUAGAUACUGAGUAAAAUAAAAUAGAUUUGGAGUAAUAAUUGAUAAGUAUGGAAAGAUCAGAUAGAUUGGAAUAACUUGAUUUAGAAUUAGAAGCAUAAAGUUAUCUUAAAUAUGCAAUUGAAUUAGUUAAAGCAAGAUAAGAACAAUAAGAAAAUUUUGCUGUAGUUUCACUAACACCAUUGCCAGAUGUCAAAAAAUUGGCACUUGAAAUUUAUACAGAGAUAAUUGAAUAAGAUUAUUAAUAUAAGAAAAAUACAAUCCUAUGUUAUUUGAUGAAUCUAAAAAAAAAGUUGAUGUUUCAUCAAUGGAUAUUUUAUAAUUCAUUUAAAAAGUGGGGAGAGAAGCUAAAGUAAUGACUUUUAGUGGAUCAUAUUUACAAAGAAUGAUAUCUAAAACUCAUCGUUUUUUUAAAUUACAUAUGUAAUAAUAUCAAAAAUGUUUGAUAACUUUAUUAGAAGUUGCACCUAAAAAUCAUGUUAAUUCAGUAUUUAUAGAUGAAGGCACAAUUGUUACUAAAUUAUUAUAUAAUCCAGUUGCACAUGAAUUUAAAGUACUUUAUAUUUUAGGUGGUAUUAAUAAGGAAAAGAUUAUUACUUCAUUAUCAAAAGAAGAGAAAGAUAAAUUAAUUAUCUCGGAUGAAAAGAAUGUUGUAUAUGGAAGCAUAUAUAUUACUGAUACAAAUAUUUCUAUACUUUUAUAAGAUGCUCUGAAUUUAUAAUCAAAAAUGAAGGAAUCAGAUUAAUAAUCAUAAAAGAUGAAAGAAAGAGAUUACAAACAUCAUAAAAAAGCAUUUUAUAAACUAAUUGAAUAACUUGGAUUAUAUUUCUUUUAAAAACCAAGUAUAAUAAUUAUUUAAAUUUUGGUUCAAUUUAUAUGUAAAAUGGCUAAGCUUCUGAAAACAUAAAAAAAAGAAUGA